AUGCAAUGCUGUGACCAUCACAUUCGCUUCUCUCCCUCCUUAAAGCCUGAGGCUUUCUUGGGCCUUCCUACUCAAUUCAAAGAAAGAAACCAUCCUGCUGAUCACUUUCCUUCUCUCUUCAUGGCAAAAAUCCAAGUUAUCCAUGCCUGUUCCCUUGUUCUUGCAGUAAUCACCUAUCAUGAUAUUCUCUAUACCGAGGGAAGGCCGAUAAAAUCACUGGACAAACAUGAGUUUAGUUCAAUAGAUUCUGAACCAGGAACAGAAACAGGCAGCCAAGGAAUUGAGCACAAAGAUGAUCAUUGGGCCGCACCUCCCCAGGAGCCCAAUCCCGGUGUUAAAAAUUCAGUUGCAGGAAAGAAGGAACUUCCCCCACCCAUGUUGCCAAAUUACAGCGUUGGUUUUGGGGAUUCAACUGCAGUAUCUAAAGAUGAUUUUCGACCUACAACUCCAGGCAGCAGCCCCGGUGUUGGCCAUCACUCUGUACCAACCAAAGAUGAUACUCAACCAAAGGCACUACGCAAUAGUCCCAGUGUGAGACAGUCUGUCACAGCAUACAAGGACGAUUAUCGGCCCACAAAGCCAGGUCACAGCCCUGGUGUUGGCCAUUCUCUUCAGAAAACAAAUGCAGAACCAAAUGCAGAACCAAAUGCUUAG